UGGGUUCCAUCAUCUUCUUGUCCGGGAGGAAGAUCGACCGAAAACAGCGUUUGUGCUUUUCGAAGGUACGUGGCAAUGUAUUCGAUGUCCAAUGGGUAUCUUUAACGCCCCUGCAAAUUUUCAGCGGGCCAUGAACAUGGCUUUUCAUAAUUUCGUACGGAAGACUCGUCUACCGCAGAGCAUCAUCAACUACUUCGUGAUUGUGUACAUGGAUGACAUCCUAGUGUAUUCGAGCUCCUACGAGGGACACGUGCAGCACAUCGAAUGGGCACUACAUGCGUUACGAGAUGCAGGUUUCAAGGUGGCGCUUGAGAAGUGUCAAUUUUUCCUCACCACCAUUUCUUUCCUGGGGCACGUGGUGACAGACAAGGGACUCCAACCGGAGCCGCAAAAGGUGGCAGCUGUCACGGACGCGCCAAUACCUACCACUAUCACGCAAGUUCGCGCCUUUCUAGGCCUAGCCUCGUAUUACCGAAGAUUUGUCAAGGGCUUCGCGGCGACUGCGGGACCCCUCACAAAUCUCCUGCGAAAGGAUCAGCCGUUGAUCUGGACGCCGGAGUGCGACCAAACGUUUUCCAAACUCAAGGCUGCUCUCAUUUCGGCUCCGGUCCUUAUAAAAACAGAUCCCGAAAAGCCUUUUGUUCUCAUCACCGACUGGCAACCAGAGGCGAUUUCGGCGAUCCUUGCCCAGGUGGGACCAAGCGGACUCGAGAGUGUGGUAGAGUAUGCGUCCAAAUCAGUACCCGCCUGCAAGUGCAACUACGCCGCUGCGACGGGAGAAUGCUAUGCGGCUCUCAGGGGAAUCAAUCACUUCCGUGCUUACCUGUACGGGGGAAAAUUCGCCCUAGUGACUGAUCAUGAGCCCCUAUUGGCUCUGAAGAAGUCGAAGGAUUACUCGGGCAUGAUUAGGCGAUGGGCAACGGUGCUGCAGAGCAUGGACUUUGACAUUCGUCAUCGAAAGCACGAGAGACACGGGAAUGCGGACGGAUUGACACGACUGCACCAGCCUGAGAAGGUUCCAAAGGGUGAGGAGGUAAUUCCGUGGAACGAACCCGAACAGGAGAUCGGGUCUCAAAACGGCCAAGUGGAGAUCUUAUCGAAGCAGUAAGUGACACAAGGACUGCCAAUACAGGCUAGCUUAUCCUAACCUCCCCACACCCAACUCCUUCUCAUAUCAAGACCCUGACCUUCAGCAACUAAAACGAACCAGAUUUGGGUCGGGUUUCUUAUCAACAAACUCUCUAAUGUUGGGAGGCUCAAGUCCCUAUGAAAGACAUAGGGGAAUCUAGAAACAUAUCCCAAGCAGGCAAAACACAGAUCUAAAGUCGAUCUGAUUCAUAAUCUGAAGAGCAAAGGGGGUUAAUGACCCUAAAAACAGGGUUGAAGCAUGUCGACUCCUCCAUUAGGCCAAGUUGGGCCCUUGGCCAAUCUAUUUUGCUGGUUUGCCAUUUAAAAAAAAGAAAAAUAAAAAUAAAAAUGAAAGUCCCUGAACUUG